UCCGCCGCACGGCAUUUGACGUCGCGCUACCAUCGAAGACACCCGCCCUUCGUUCUCAGGUGCAACCCGGAUUCAGACGAGAAAAAUUACAAAAUGUCUGUCUCAGAAUUCAGACGAAAAAAACUUCUCUAUGUCUUCAAUGUCUUCUUUGAUGUCAAUCAAAGCGGCACAAUAGAGAGGAAAGACUUUGAGCUGGCUAUAGAGAAAAUCUGCAGUCAGCGAGGAUGGAAUCCUGGUGACCCCAAGCAUACGGAGACGCACGAGAUCAUGAUCAAGAUCUGGGAUGGCCUGAGGAAGAGAGCUGAUUCCAACAAAGAUGGACAGGUGUCCGUAGAAGAAUGGGUGUCAAUGUGGAACGACUACGCCCAGAACCCAUCUGCAGCUCUCAAGUGGCAGCAGCUGUACUGUCAUUUCAUGUUCCAGCUUGAAGAUGCCAGUGCUGAUGGAUCCAUUGACAGUGAUGAGUUCACCACUGUUUGCUCCUCUUACGGAAUUGAUCCCCAAGAGUGCAAGGUCGCUUUUAACAAGAUGGCCAAGGGAAAACCCAGCGUCUCCUGGGAGGAAUUCCAAGAACUGUGGAAAGAAUACUUCUCGACCGAGGACCCGAAUGCCGCCGGGAACUUCAUAUUUGGGCGAACUAGCUUCUAAGCUAUGACGUCACCGAUCCCACAUGGAAGUGGGAAAGAAACGCCGUCUUAAAAAACAUUCUGGUAUUAUAAUAGAUGUAAUUUUGGAAAACGCUCAAGCGCCGUCUUUCACACGGGUAGCCGCCGUUCAGGCAAAGCUUUACGAAAACAAAUUGGGUGCAGUUACGCACCUUGUAAGACACCAUGCUUGAAAAACAUAGAAACCACAGCUUUGGAACGCCUGUGUGCAAGAUAACUUGAAAAAUUUUAAGUGUGUGUGUUCAGAAUACUAUAGAUUAAUUAAUAUUUCUCGUAAUAGUAAAUCAAAGUUUCAUCUUUUUAAAAUAAUUUCAAGGCUCAAGCAUUGUAGAACUUUGUUCUUAGAUCUUAACGACAACGAAAUAUUUCACUGUUUCAUAAUUAUUAGCAUAUCUCGUAGUCAUAUCUAAGAUAUAAUAUCUUUAUCUCCGAUUGCGCCACAUUAGUCGAAUUAUGCAUUAUGAGAAAAUAUUAUAUUACUUAUAUUACAUUUGUUAGACUAUUUAUCAAAAUGUUACACGUACAGUUGAUGCCCUAAGAUAUACCUGACCUGCCAGUUUGGUUCUGAGUAGAAAAGUGCGAAGAAAACUGUUAAACAAACUGAACCUAUAACAAGCGAGCUGUAAAAUGCACUUUGAUUUGACUUCUUUAUUGCAUCAUUAAUUAGUCAAUUUUAUCUUUAACGAAUACUUACUUAAAAACAAAAUACAAAUAUUAAUCAUAAAUACGUAAAAAGGGUCUCAGAACGAAAAUAUAGGGGUCAUUACCUUAGAGCAUUGACUGUACAUUUGGAAUGUCAUUAAGUUUAAGGACAGGUUGCUACACAAAAUCUUAUGAAGAUUAUAGAAAUUAGUACCAUUGUAUCUGUCUAAUUAGAUCG